AUGUUAUUUAUUGUAUUACUAUUAAUUAUCGGAGAUGUUCUUGCUAUUUCCAGUCUGAUUCAGCCAUUCACUACCUAUAAAUACUCAAUUGAACUACAACCGGAUAUAGCCGAUCUUUGGUGGACAGUGGAUAGUGAUGCUAACGAGAUCACUUUUGAACUGCACAUGAAAACUACAGGGUGGAUAGCGUUAGGCAUUAGUCCAGAUGGUGGCAUGAAAGGUGCUGAUAUUGGAGUUGGAUGGGUUGAUAAUAUCGGAAAAGUUCAUUUUCAGGUCCGAUCAAAAUGUUCUAUACCACUUGAAUAA